CCACUCCUGCAACUCGAUGGAGGGGCAAUGUUCCGCUAAGACAUGACACGACACCUGGAGUGCUUAGAAGACCACAGCUACACAGCAAUUCCUUAUCGGGUAUCUUCACCUAGAUACCUUACAAGCUUUCUCUCAUUACUGAACAACAGGCCGUCACUGAGUGUUCAUUAUACCAUUGCUUGCUUUUCCUUAUUCCAAACCCUUCCUCGAGAACCUGCCAUACUGUGGAUCUCCACAAGUCACGCCUGUCAACAUGACACAGUCCGAUCUUGAUCUCUUGCUCGACAUGGGCUUCGAGCGUGCUCGAGCUGAGCUGGCUGUCAAAAAGAGUGGUGGACUCCAAGGUGCUCUGGAGUGGUUAGAAACCAACCAAGAUAAACCUCUUGAAGAGCUUGCUGCUGCAGGCGCAGGCGCCUCUGGCGACAACGGAAGUGACGAUGACGACGCCGACGAGGUCAGGGCCAACAUCGCGGCCCUUGAAAGCGGAGCGGCCAAAUCGCUGGUUUGCAACGACUGCGGUAAACGCUUCCGAAGCCAGGACCUUGCAUCAUACCAUGCCACCAAGACGGACCACACCGACUUUUCCGAGUCGACGGAAGAAAUAGCUCCCCUCACGGAAGAAGCGAGAAAACAAAAGCUUGAGGAGCUACGGGAGAAGCUCAAGGCCAAGAAAGAAACCCAAGCCCUCCUAGAGAAAGAAGAGCACAAGCGCAAUGAGAAGAUCCGCCAAAAAGCCACCAAGGAGACCCAGGAUCUCAAGGAAGAGAUUCAGCGAAAGGAGCAGAUCAAAGAAGCCGCCAAGAAGCGACAGGAGAAACUCGAAGACAUGGAGGCGAAGAGGCGCAUCAAAGCCCAGAUCGAGGCAGAUAAGGAGGAGAGGCGUCGCAAGGCAGAGGAGGCAAAGGCAGCACGCGAGGGCAGGGCGCCCGUAGCUGCCACCCCUGCGGCACCGCCUUCCCUCCCCAAGGUCACAGCAAACCAUUCCGAGGCUCGACUUCGCCUGCAGACCGCCAACGGAAACGUCAUGAAGACUCUUCCGGCCGAAACCACGCUCUUCGAGGUUGCGCAGAUGCUACAGGUGGAGAACGGACUCCAGAUUACCAGCUUCUCGACGACAUUUCCCAGGAAGACAUUCGAAGGGCACACUGACUUCAGCAAGACACUGAAAGAGGCAGGGCUCGUGCCGAGCUCCGUCUUGAUCGCCAAGUAACUAUGGGCCUUCGGGAUAUCGGAUUGCUACAGCGUCGAGGGGCGAGAUAGAUCACAGAGAACCUUGAGGCGACGACUCGCGUCCAUAGGUGGGAGACCUGCGAGAUGAAGUGACCGAAAAAAGGUCCGUAGGCACCGCAUAUAGCUCGGAUCUAGACCCCAAUGCACGUGUACAAAGGCUCACGAAAAACGCUGCCGACGUGACGGAUGGUGCGUGGCCGUCCAACUCAUUGCAGAAUUUCUUUUUUUUGAGGUUGUACCCGAAAACUCCAUGUAGUGAGUAUUCUUCAUCAUAGUAUCGCAUGAGAAGCUACUCUGCCC